UGAAGAUCUUCGGCGUUCGGACGGCCAUGCGAGCUUGUUCUUUUACUCUUUCAGCAAGUGAAAUUGACAUCAAAAUUCGUCUCUUUUGACCUUUAUUCUUCCCCUCUAUUUCCAAAUUCAUACCGAUUUCUUCAUAGCAAAGAAUCCUUGAAACUCUCCUGUUUGAUCUCAUUAACCGAGGUCAUGGGGUCGUGGUUCAGCUCAAACAAAUUGAGUAAAGAAGAGCUGGAAUUAGCGCUUAACGAAGCUAAGAAGAUAAUCUCCUCUGAGCCUGUUGUUGUUUUCAGUAAGACUUACUGUGGGUAUUGUUCGAGUGUCAAGCAGCUGCUCACACGGCUUGGAGCUAAGUAUAAGGUCAUUGAAUUGAACCAAAAAAGUGAUGGAGAUAAAAUUCAGUCAGCUUUAGCGGAGUGGACGGGCCAAACUACGGUGCCUAAUGUGUUUAUUGGAGGAAAGCACAUCGGUGGUUGCGAUGCGGUUACAGAGAAGCACCACAGAGGUCAGCUAGUGCCACUUCUUACUGAGGCCGGUGCCAUUGCCGGUAACUCUGCUCAGCUAUGAGCUUUGGUUCACUGCUUCACAAUCUUGUAAUGAAGCAAAUGUAUGUUGAUGGAUUUGAGGUUUGUACAAAACAGUUGUGAAAAUAUUUUAAUGUGGCUUUUUGAAUGAUCUAAUAUCUGGAAGCUGAAGAAAUCUAUGCCUAUGGUUGAAUUCCUGCAUUGUUAAAUAUUUGGAACAUAA